AGACAAUAAAUCUAUUGCCAGAGGAUGGAUCAGCCAACAAGUGCGCAGACCCAGCACCAACACGAACCCAUCAGUUUCGGGAUUGAUCAGAUAUUAAGCAGUUCCGAUCAGGAAAACUCUUCCCAGUCGUCGGCCGCCGCCGCUGUCCGGGGCUCGGAGGGCAGUUACCUGGGGAGCCCAGUGAGUCGCUGCAGUGCCCCGUACUCUGCCCUGUCCGCUUCCUUCCCCGGCAUCGGGGCGACCUUCGAUGAGUCUGGAUCUUACAGUGUCAACCUGAGCCUGGCUCCAGCUGGAGUCAUUAGAGUGCCAGCUCAUCGGCCCAUUCCCGGCGCUGUGCCACCUCCCAUCUCCAGCGCCAUCCCCGCCAUGCCAGCUGUGCCCGGCCUUGGCAGCCUCAACUUCCCCUGGAUGGAAAGCAGCAGGCGAUUCGUGAAGGAAAGAUUAACAGCUGCAGCAGCCCUGACGCCUUUCACUGUGACCCGCAGAAUUGGGCACCCCUAUCAGAACCGAACCCCACCCAAGCGCAAAAAGCCUCGUACUUCUUUCUCAAGGGUGCAGAUCUGUGAGCUGGAGAAGCGAUUUCAUCGCCAGAAGUACUUGGCAUCUGCGGAAAGAGCAGCUUUAGCCAAAUCUCUCAAAAUGACAGAUGCCCAAGUCAAAACGUGGUUCCAAAACAGGAGGACAAAGUGGAGGAGACAGACAGCAGAAGAGAGAGAAGCCGAGAGGCAGCAGGCGAACAGAUUGAUGCUACAGCUCCAACACGACGCGUUUCAAAAAUCGCUGAGCGAUUCGAUUCAGCCGGAUCCUUUGUGUUUGCACAAUUCUUCUCUAUUUGCACUUCAAAACUUGCAGCCUUGGGAUGAAGAGCAGUCUAAAAUCCCCCCAGUUACCUCAUUAGUGUAAUUAAGCGCAUUUUUAGGAUGCAAGGGAUAAAAAAAACGACUGUACUUUCAGGCUUUGCUGCGCGAACCAAAUGAAUUUUCCUUUUUUUUUUUAAGGCACUCUUAUUUGUUGGAAAUAAUUCUUCCUAUAUUGGUUUGUGCUAAUGACAGAAGCUUAACUUGCAGCACAAAAACGAAUAAAAAGCAAUCGACGACCAUUUGCACAGGAGGACACGAUAUGCAUCGAUUGUGCGUGGGGCCGUUUUGCUUUCUACGAUAUCGUUCGGCACAUUCUAUACAAAUACCUAGAGGCAACGGAUACAAUAUUGCUCUGUGGCAAAGUAUCUACGUGCCUUCCCAAAUGGAUAUUCAUCCUAGAAGAGAAACUGAAAUAAAGACCAACGGAGCAUGACUUGGGUUCCAAUGGGACUUACCACCGUUUUGGGGCGCACUGAAGACUGUUUGGGUCCCGUUCGAUCUCAUCCUAACUGCUGUGCUUGAAUUGCAUUUAUGGGUCCAAAAAGAUCUAUUUUGAAGAACCAAGAUUUAAAAAAAAAAAGGAUUCUGUAUAUAGUAGUUCCACGAUCGAAUUGUUUUAUUCGAGGGCCCUAUUCUUUUACCUUUAUAAGGGUGGUCGUUGCAUUUAUCUCUAUGCACUUGUCUUUGGGGAAAUGUUAAGAAAGAGACGCAGUGAUCCACGCAAUAAAAUGUGCCCCCAAGUAAGAGAACAGAUGUAAACGAAGCUGGAAUAUUCUUUGAAAUAAAGGGGAGAUUUCGAACCCACCACCCCACUGCAAUUCAUUAGAGACCCACAGAGCCGACAAAGAGGCAUGUUCUUAUAUUGGCGAUUCUGAGGCAGCGAUGCAAUAUAAACGCAGCUGUCGCUAAUGUGUAAGAUACCUUGUGAAUAGAUUUAAUUUAUUAAUACACUAAACCCCAAAAUAUCUUAUUAAAAAGAAUAUAAAUAUAUUGAUGUUAUAUAUUUAUGUUAUUUGAACGUGGCUGGUUAACAGUAGUUGGGGGGGGAGGGAAGUACUGCAUUACCUUAGGCUGAAUGAAAAUGAAAUUGUUUGAUAAAAUAUUAAGGAGUUUUAAAAUGCCUUUUGUUUGAUUUGCUUAAAAAAAAAUGCAAUGAAAUUAUUUGGCAGGGGGUCAAAGCAUAUUUAUCUUCCAGACAAAGCGAAAAUUAUCUUUUUAAAAUAAAUGAUACAUCUCUUCUUUC